AUAAAUAAGUUAUAUUAAAAUAUAAAUUUCAUUAACCCAUUUUUGUAAAGAAAAAUGGUUUUGCAUUUUCAAAAUGCGGAGUAAAAUCUAAUAUCAUUGACAUACCGAUAAAAUCAAUUAUAGUUUGACUUAUGAAUUAUUUAAGCUAAAAUGUUAUAUACGAUUUACAAAAUUAAAAACAAAUAAAACAACUAACACCGAUCAUGGGACAUGUCACUUGAUAUAUUUUUCAUUUAAUAAGAUAUUCUGACUUUUUGUAAUUAAAAUUUAUGCAAAGACAAACCCAAAAAAUUUAUGCAAAGAAUACUUUGAGUGUUUGUCAAGUUCAUACGAAACUACAACUAAAUAAUAACAAAAAAUAGAAAACAAAAAAACCGCGCUAGUAGUCGUAUUAAAAUUCCAAUUAUAUCACAUAAUUUUUAAUAUAUUUGUUUUAUUGGACCGUGCAUUUCUUAUCGUCCAAGCAACCGUCUCGUAUGGUAGUAUAUCACAUCGAGCACACACAGUAAUAACUCUAUAUGACACUAGUAUUAAAAAUAUAUCAUUCAAUGACAAAAAAUUAUUAUGUUCAAAUCCCACAUGUUGACGAAUCGACAGUCGUGGGGAUCACUCGUUAGCAUCUGAUUGAAAAAUUAUUUUGAAGCUCCAUUGUUGAUUCUUUUUUCGCUACUGGAUAAAAAAUAUAUACGGUUAUAACUCAAUUUGUAUUUAUUUUUGAUAAAAUAAUUCGAUUAAUGACCCAAACAAUAAUAAACUUUGGUGAUUAAAGUAAAGUGGCGGUAGUUUUGUAAACAGAAGAAGAAAUAAGGGAAAGCUUCGUCAAUGGCGGAUUCUGAUCCAGCCAGCUUCUUGACGCAGGCCAAUGCCAUACUUAGAAAAAACUUAACCUAUCAGAAACGGAACAUAUGGAGCAACGUUCGGCUCAUCAUGAUCCCUUUCUAUCUCUGCUUGGUUUUAGUUGGUAUUCAAGCUCUGUUUGAUUCACAAGUCAGCAACUCACUCGAUAAUCAAUGUGGUUGUAAAUGCAUUCACAGAACCGGAGACGAAACAUGCCAAAUGGUCUGUGGUGUAGAAUACUCUACUCGUGAUCAAGCGGUCUUUUGUGCCAUCCCAAAUCCACAACCAUGGCCACCUUUGAUUCUUAUUCCGCUUCCUCGGAAUCGUGUUGUUGACGCCAAUCUCACUAAUGUCUCGUGCAAGCAAAGAAACAAUUGCCCUGUAACCAUACUUUUCACUGGCAAUAAUCAAUCUCUUGGUGCAACUUUGUCUAGAAAUCUUUUCAGGAGGUCUUUUCCAAUGAACUACUCUGACCUCUUGUUUAGUUUAGCGGAUAAUGUGUUGGCUACAACAUAUAAAGGAAGUCCCACCAAUUAUCUUGAUGCAGGAAUUGUCUCAGAUCGUUUCAUAUACAACAUCCAAUCUCGGUGCACUCCAAACUCCAAAGUUUCAUUCUCACUAGGACAAUCACCUCUCAAUUUUACCAAAGAGAUGAGAUGCGUCCAAGGGCUGAACCUUUGGAUAAAUAGCUCCAGAGAGAUUAAUGAUGAUAUUUUCAAAGGUUAUCUGAAAGGAAAUUCUGAAGGGAUGAUAAAUGAGAUUGUUGCAGCAUAUGAUCUCUUGGACACAGAUAGGACUAACUUCAAUGUGAAUAUUUGGUAUAACGCAACGUACCAGGAUGAUUCAGGAAAUAUGCCUCCAAAGUUGCUCCGAGUUCCCCGCUUAGUUAGUUUGAUGUCAAAUGCUUAUCUUCAGUAUUUGAAAAGCCCAAGGACAAGGAUGUUGCUUGAGUUUGUCAAAGAAAUGCCUAAACCAGAAACUAAACUUCGUUUAGACAUUGCUUCUCUGAUUGGUGCAGUUUUCUUCACAUGGGUUAUUCUUCUUCUGUUCCCUGUGAUCUUGACCUCACUGGUGUAUGAGAAGCAGCAGCGGCUAAGAAUUAUAAUGAAAAUGCACGGUCUAGGAGAUGGUCCGUAUUGGAUGAUUACCUACGCCUAUUUUCUCGCCAUUUCCACGUUAUACGUAAUAUGCCUGAUGAUAUUUGGGUCAGCAAUAGGGCUGAACUUCUUUAGGCUAAAUGACUACAGCAUCCAUUUUGUUUUCUAUUUUCUCUACAUAAAUCUUCAAAUCUCCCUUGCCUUUCUAGCUUCCUCAGCAUUUUCAAACGUUGAGACAGCAUCAGUUGUUGCAUACAUAUACGUGUUUGGAUCUGGAUUAUUGGGCUGGUUUCUCUUCCAGUUUCUGAUUGAAGAGUUAUCGUUUCCCAGACGCUGGAUUUUUGUCAUGGAGCUGUAUCCUGGCUUCUCUUUAUUCCGCGGGUUGUAUGAGUUCUCUCAGUAUGCUUUUCAGGGGAGCUUGACUAGGAGGCAAGGAAUGAAGUGGAAAGAUAUCAGCGAUAGUUCAAUGGAUAAAGUUUUCUACAUCAUUAUAGUUGAAUGGUUUUUCUCACUCAUUGCAGCAUACUAUAUCGAUAAGAUGUCUUCAUCAGGAAAGGACCUUUUGUUCUUCUUGAAAAACCCUUUCAAUAAAUAUCUUCUUCCACAAAGGCCUAGCUUGCAAAAGCAGGUCUCUGCAGUUUCCGUAGAAAUGGAGAAACUAGAUGUCACUCAGGAGAGUGAAAAAGUCCAGAAACUGAUGCGUGCGCAGAGGACAAGACAUGCGAUUGUAUGCAACACAAUGAAGAAGGUGUAUCCAGGUAGGGAUGGAAACCCGCCAAAAAUGGCGGUCCGAGGGUUAUCUCUGGCUGUUCCUUCGGGAGAGUGCUUCGGUAUGUUAGGGCCCAAUGGUGCCGGAAAGACCUCAUUCAUCAACAUGAUGAUUGGUCUUGUGAAACCAACAUCAGGGUCAGCGUUUGUUCAAGGUCUGGACAUAUGCACAGAUAUGGACAGAGUCUACACCAGCAUGGGUGUAUGUCCACAACACGACUUACUCUGGGAAACACUGUCAGGAAGGGAGCAUCUGCUCUUCUAUGGGAGACUUAAGAAUCUCAAAGACUCUGAACUUGACCAAGCUGUACAAGAAUCUCUUAAGAGUGUAAACCUAUUGCACGGAGGAGUUGCUGACAAACCUGCUGGAAAAUACAGCGGAGGAAUGAAAAGACGGCUAAGUGUAGCCAUUUCACUUAUAGGGAGUCCUAAGGUGGUCUAUAUGGAUGAGCCGAGCACAGGACUUGAUCCUGCUUCAAGAAUGAACCUAUGGACAGUCAUCAAACGUGCGAAAACAAACACUGCGAUAAUCCUCACGACUCAUUCGAUGGAAGAGGCAGAGUUUCUCUGUGACCGUUUGGGAAUAUUUGUUGACGGAAGGUUACAAUGCAUAGGAAACCCAAAAGAGCUAAAGGGAAGGUAUGGUGGAUCUUAUGUGUUAACUAUGACAACAGCAUCAGAACAUGAGAAAAAUGUGGAGGUUUUGGUUCAAGAUGUUUCUCCAAACGCCAAGAAGAUAUAUAACAUUGCUGGGACACAGAAAUUUGAGAUCCCGAAAGAAGAAGUUCGGAUCUCAGAAGUGUUUCAGGCGGUGGAGAAGGCCAAGAGCAGUUUCAAGGUGUUUGCUUGGGGACUUGCGGACACAACCCUUGAAGAUGUCUUCAUUAAGGUUGCUAGAAGUGGUCAGGCCUUUAAUGUCUUCUCUUGAAAUAUUCUUAACAUUAUCGUUAUUGUGUGUUCAACGUGAACUAUUGUUCUCCUCUGCUAGAUUGACCACUACCAGACUUCUUAUAUUCCAUUUAAAAUAGGUUUAGUUUAGUAAAAUAAUUAUAAGACAUGAUACUCCUUACUUUUAUUUUCAAAUAUAUACUUUUAAAAUGAAAUGUAAAAUUAAUUCAAGUCAGAAACGUUUUUACAAUAGGCGCCUCACUGUUUUGUAAUCUAUCAACAUAACCAACUCGAUCGGCCAUAUCAACAUUUUGUUGUUAGCAUUCUCUCACUCCAUUCAACAAAGUUGUAUGUUGAUAUUCUUCUUGACGAAGGUUUAGGGAAAGGCAUAAAACAUCCUUUUAAGUUUUAACCCAAGUGAAUUCAAUUCCACCUCUAAAAUAACCCAUUUUUUAAUGAUCAAAUCCUUCAGCUUUACUCUAAGCUGAUAAGAGAAUUCGAAAAAUUGACUUUCACAAAAGGCAGAAGUUUGUUGGAUAAUACAUUAAAUAAAAACAAACAAACAAACAAAAAACACAUGCUCCCCUGAACGUGGCUUGAACGAGUGACUGAGACAAAAGGACAAAUAGUAUAACAGAUAAGUUGACAGCAUUUCAAUCUAGUGGAGUGCUUCUUCCCAUGCUCCAAACACUUGAAAUAUAAAAAUAAGGAAUGUAACUUUUUUUUAAGGAAUGUAAAUAUUUUCGAAAUAUAACAUUCACCAAAACAAACAAAAGAGAAAGAGCAAAAUGCACGUGAACGAAGGACCAGUCGACACGUAACUCUCGUGCGUAUUGUGGAUCAAAUCCAUAUGCCCAUAUCUGAUCCUUCACCAACCAAAUCUAAAAUCGCUGCCUGUCACACGCGUUAGUCUGCGUCUUCGUUUUCUAGUUGAGAGUAUGCUUCCGCAAUUAGUCUUUCUUUGCCAGUCACAGUAGGCAUGUGUUCUUAAUUAAAGCUUCUACUUGUUUACGAACCCUCAAAUGAUUUUCUCCUACCAUAUCUAUUUAUUAAUAUCAGAACUUUGAUGAAAAUUAACUGCCAUAGUGCUGCUGGUUGUGAGAAAAAAUACGGACCUUGCAAUCCGAGAUGGUGUAAUGAUGAUACUAUAACUACUUACUAUUUAACAUGUACUAUACGUGUCUCUUUUGUUUUAGAUUUUAUAAAAUGUGUACUAUUUGUACUAUGUGUCUCGCCAAAGGAAUAACCAGAUUGAAGAAAUGACCUUUUAUAAAUUAAGAAAUACAUUGCCUCUCUCUGGGGUGCGCUUUUGUACAUAUGACGUAUGAAAUGAUGUAUACAUCGCCUAGAAAACUAAUUGUCCCGUACAAUAUUACUUUCUUAUAAUAAUAUAUGAUUUAAGAAGUAGAGAAUACAAAAAGCUUAUGCUCCUGAAUCAAACAACGUAAUGAAUAAAUUAUCCCCCAAAAAAAGAAAUACUCAAGUAGUGGAGUGUGUGCAUCGCCAGCAAGAUUCUACAGAACGUGUCUUGUAAUUACUCGUUUCUCCGUCAGUGACCGGUGCGGUCCAUGUCAGUAAUCCACGCGCGUGUGUCUGAGAAUAUCUCCACACAAUGGCUGAACCAGUAACUUGCCACCAAAUGAAAGCUAUUGACCUAACAAGGAUUUAUGGGCACCUGCGUCGGCACCACACUAGAGCAAAAGAUAAACUCGCCACGUUUUCGCAUAUUCAUACCUCGUCCCUCGUUACACGAAUAGACUAUUAUUACUUCUCAGCUGGCUCUUUGUUUUCGUUACGGACAGCAAAUAUUUGAAGUAGGGGAGGUAUGUCUCCAAAUAAUUUUUACUUAUGCUUUAAAUACUUUUCUAUUAUAUUAUUAAUUAUUAAUAAAUAGGUGGAGCGAUUGUAGGUUGACAAAACGUAAAUUUAAUAGGACAAUAGAUAUGAUAAUAAUAUUCUCAUCUUUUAUUCUUCUUUUAAGAGAAAACUUUCUUUUUAAUUUGCUACUGAAAUCACAGAUGUUUUACAUAUUUUAGUAUACAUGUACAAACUAUAUCUUCGCUAGCUUUUGAUUGUACUAUUAAUUAUAUUAACAGAAACUAUAGCGUAUGGAUUGGUUAACCCCAUUUAGUGAUCAUAUCAUUAUUCAUUGUUCAAGUAAAAGUUGUUAGAUUCGAUUAAAAUGGUAUAUAUAUAAUAAGAAAAAGAAAAGUGAGAACAUUAUACAAAUUAAAAAGGGAGCACUGUCUCUCACUGAUUCGAUCAGGUCAUUGUCUCUUAGGUUGUGCCGAAUUAAGGACCAUGCGUUGAUGCAAUAAAACAGUUUUUUUCAAUUCAAACCAUAUAUUAUUAUAACAUUCGUUUGUGUGGUUAACAUUUGACCCACGUCCUCUUAGUUAAGUCCAUUUUAAUUUAUCUAAUAUUUAAGUGGGACUUUUUUUCAAAGAUCGCAAUUAGAUUUCGUGGUGGUUGCCUAAACAAUAAAACAGUAAUGCCUUUGAUGCGUGUGAGCUGAUUGAGACCAAGUAAUAUUUAGCCAUUGGUUAUUUUGCUUAUAAUGUGGUGGGAACUGGAGCUGGGGACUGUGGCUAUUAUUGCUACUGUGGGGGUAACAUUUGUGGUGGGAAUUGGAGCGGGGAACUGUGAUUUAUCAAUCGAAGUGACAGACGCAUAUGGAACUUAAUAUUGCCAUCCUCCAAUUCACCUCUAUAAAUUUCAAGCAACGUCUGUGAUUAUAUGUCUCAGUUGACCACACUACUAUAUCUAGUAAGCAACUAUGCAGAUUCUAUAUCCACCAUAGAUAUAAAGUCUGUUUUUACCAGUAUCAGCAAUUUUGAAAGAAAAGCUUUACUUAACUCUUGCCUUUACCAGAUUUUCGGUGUCAUCCAAGAAAAUUUAUUCUAGUCAAGGUUUAUGCGACCUAAGCCAGCUAUAUGGAUCUGGGGAUUGAGUAAAGAAGUAGGUACUCUUUUCAAUGUUACCUAAACUGGAAUAAUUUUGAUCCAGGAAUUGCAAGCGUGCAUCUGAUGUCUAUGAAAUUAAAAGAAAUGGUCAUCUUGAUUUAUAUUUGUAAAAGAAAAGAGAACAACAUGAUGCGGCUCUUCUUUGUGAGUGAGCUCCUGCUACUAAGCCCCGUAAGUAUGUGUUGUCUUGACGUUAGUACCAUCUCGGUUCUUCGUUAUUGUUGCCGGAUGAACCAGCUUCCUAAUUGAUUGCAAUCGGUUGGCACUCUUACUAUUCUUCGUCCGUGUUAGCCUUGGCUAGAGUAUCUUCUCCGGGUUUAAAAUCCCUAUCACUAUUUUUCAAAGUGGAGGUUUACAAGCUGAAGUUUUGAGUUUUACCGAAUGUCGUUUGUUUCCACGUUUUUACCUUUUUUGCCGUGGAACCGAUUCUUAAGUUCUACAAUUUGUGAAUACUUUUGUAGUUCCUCUUAUUCAUUUCUUGAAAUGAUACUUAUAUAUUUAGAAAAAAGAAAAAUAAAAAAAGAA